UAUUCAACUUUCAACGUUUUGAAAAUAUCUGUUGCUAAUUGCAUUCUAAUCAAUGCAGCUAACCGUUCCAUUGGAGUGUUAAAACGAGGUAUAAAUAUGUGGACGCUUAGCUAGAUUAACCAGUCACUUCAGGCAGAGCUAACAGCUUCCAACUCUCAAGAAAAUUUGUGAAUUUUCCAACUUUGAACUAGUGAAUUUUGAAAAAAAUUAAAGAAGCAUUCAAAUUAGCAUCAGAAAAAUGUCGGACAUCGAUACAGGAUUCCUGUGUCUUAUGACACGCCCCACGGAACCAUUGUUUUAUCCGAAGUACAACGGGGAAGUCUAUAUGGAUCUUCCUAGUGAGUAUCUUCCGGAACGAUAUCAGUCGAUUGCUGAUUCGAUUAGAACACGCCAUGGAUCGACUGCAAAGCAUCACAUAUCGAUCAAACCGGUAGAGUUGCCGGAUUUGAGCUACACGGCCCGUGUACCACGUCAUGGUGACUUUAACCUAUUCAAUCCCGCCCAACGGCAUACGGCGGGCCGGCUGAUAGCGGAUCUGAUUGCGCAACCUAACCCAGAAACGAUGCUCUCCGUGGCUGCUUAUGCACGCGAUCGUUUAAACCCGAUCAUGUUCCAGUACGCACUUGCCGUCGCGUUGGUACAUCGUAAGGACACAGGUACGGUACCGGUUCCAUCGUUUUUGGAAAUGUUUCCAACCCGGUUCGUCGAUCCGGCACUGUUUCCCAAGCUGCGUGAGGAAGGUUUCGUGGUGGAGCAGGGUGAACGGGUGGCGAUCGAGGUACCGCACAAUGCUACCGCAUCCGAGCUAGAUCCCGAACAACAGUUGGCUUACUUCCGUGAGGAUAUCGGCGUGAAUCUGCACCAUUGGCACUGGCAUCUGGUGUAUCCGCAAGAGGGUCCAGCGGAGGUGGUGAACAAGGAUCGCCGUGGUGAGCUGUUCUACUAUAUGCACCGCCAGAUCACGGCACGAUACAAUGUGGAACGGUUCUGCAAUCGAAUGCUACCGGCACCACCGUUGAAAAACCUCCGCGAACCCAUCCCGGAGGCAUAUUUUCCGAAGCUGAUUAACAGUGCGCUUAACAGGACGUACCCCGGAAGGGCAGCGAACAUGCUGCUGAGUCAUGUCAAUCGACCGGAAGAGGACGCAGUUACAACAAUUCUGGAACUGGAAUCAACACUUGGAAAGAUAAAGGAAGCAAUACAAUCCGGAUUUGCCCUUGCUGAGGACGGUACAAAGAUCCCACUGGAUGAAAAGAAUGGUAUCGAUGUGCUUGGAAAUCUCGUGGAAAAUUCCGAUCUUUCCGUAAACAUUCCGCACUACGGUAACUAUCAUUCGCUCGGUCACGUCCUCAUCGGGUAUAUACACGAUCCGGACAAUCUGUACCACGAAGGGCACGGUGUCAUGGGUGACUUUACAACGGCAAUGCGCGAUCCGACGUUUUACCGGUUCCAUCGCCACGUGGACGAUGUGUUCGAUAUGCACAAGCAAAAGCUUUCACCAUACAAUGAGCAGGAGCUUUCCUUUCCGGGCGUAACGAUUGUGGACGCAACGGUACAGAUAACGAGUGGUAAGGCGGCACGUAAUCGGUUGCUUACCUUCUGGCAACGGACACAGGUUGAUCUUGGUACGGGAUUAGACUUCGGUCCGCAAGGUAACGUGGUGGCAACGUUCACCCACAUUCAGCACGCACCGUUCGCGUACCAAAUAAUGGUACACAACGAAACGGUCGAACAGAAGAAGGGAACGGUACGGAUCUUCCUCGCGCCUAUUUACGAUGCGUACGGUGAACAGUUGCUGUUGAGUGAGCAACGUCGUUACGUGCUGGAGCUGGACAAAUUUGUUGUAAACUUGCAUCCGGGUGAAAAUAGGAUCAUCCGACAUUCGGAUCAAUCGAGCGUGACCAUACCGUACGAAAGAACUUUCCGGCGCAUCGAUGCAUCCAACAUGCCCGGAUCGGAAAACUUUCGGUUCUGCAAUUGCGGCUGGCCUGACCAUAUGCUGCUGCCCAAGGGUCACCCCGAUGGGCAACCGUUCGAUCUGUUUAUUAUGGUGUCUGACUACAAGGAUGAUGCAGUUAGUUCGGGUUUGAAUACGAGAGCCGACUGUAACGAUUCACACUCGUACUGUGGCUUGCGGGAUCAGCUAUUCCCUGAUCGUCGUGCUAUGGGAUUUCCCUUCGAUCGUUUGCCUGCUUCGCAGGAUUAUUUGAUGAGGGAUUUUGUUGGUCGAUUUUCCAACAUGAGUCGCACGGUUGCGGAUGUGGUAUUUACCAACACGGUCAUUGCGCGAACCUAAUUAAACGCUGGAUAAGAACGUAGCCAAGUGAUUGAACAUUGAGACAUGGAACUUUGCCUAUUUUAUUAUUUAAAGCGGACAAAAUGAAGCAAUGAAAAUAAACAUACAUAAC